ACCCGCGCUCCCUUUUGACCCCCCUCACCCGCGCUCCCUUUUGACCCCCCUCACCCGCGCUCCCUUUUGACCCCCCUCACCCGCUCUCCCUUUUGACCCCCCUCACCCGCUCUCCCUUUUGACCCCCCUCACCCGCGCUCCCUUUUGACCCCCCUCACCCGCUCUCCCUUUUGACCCCCCUCACCCGCUCUCCCUUUUGACCCCCCUCACCCGCUCUCCCUUUUGACCCCCCUCACCCGCUCUCCCUUUUGACCCCCCUCACCCGCUCUCCCUUUUGACCCCCCUCACCCGCUCUCCCUUUUGACCCCCCUCACCCGCGCUCCCUUUUGACCCCCCUCACCCGCUCUCCCUUUUGACCCCCCUCACCUGCUCUCCCUUUUGACCCCCCUCACCCGCUCUCCCUUUUGACCCCCCUCACCCGCGCUCCCUUUUGACCCCCCUCACCCGCGCUCCCUUUUGACCCCCCUCACCCGCGCUCCCUUUUGACCCCCCUCACCCGCGCUCCCUUUUGACCCCCCUCACCCGCUCUCCCUUUUGACCCCCCUCACCCGCUCUCCCUUUUGACCCCCCUCACCCGCUCUCCCUUUUGACCCCCCUCACCCGCGCUCCCUUUUGACCCCCCUCACCCGCUCUCCCUUUUGACCCCCCUCACCCGCUCUCCCUUUUGACCCCCCUCACCCGCUCUCCCUUUUGACCCCCCUCACCCGCUCUCCCUUUUGACCCCCCUCACCCGCUCUCCCUUUUGACCCCCCUCACCCGCUCUCCCGUUUGAAACAACAUGUGUGCCCAGGUCCUCGGCGUGUACGACUACAGAGGCAUCAACCCCAUGCCCCCCGAAAUGUGGCUUCUGCCAUACUUCCUGCCCAUGCACCCUGGUCGCAUGUGGUGCCACUGCCGCAUGGUGUACCUCCCCAUGUGCUACAUCUACGGCUUGAGAAUUCAUGGACCAACCGACACUCCCCUCAUUGCGGCUCUUAGAGAGGAGAUCCAUAACGAGCCGUAUGACUCCAUCAACUGGAAUAACAUGCGGCGGAGAUGUGCCAAGGAGGACCUGUACUUCCCGCACCCAUUCGUCCAAGACUGCCUAUGGGAUGCCCUCUACCACGUGGCUGAGCCCGUGUUCAAUAAGCUGCCGCCGGGGAAGCUUAUAAGGAGGAUGGCGCUUAGGGAGGCGAUGAAGCAUAUACACUACGAGGAUGAGAACACUCGCUAUGUCUGCAUCGGGCCUGUUAAUAAGGUGAUUAACAUGCUGUGCUGCUGGGUGGAGGACCCCAACAGCGAGGCCUUCAAGAAGCACCUCCCACGAGUGGCGGAUUACCUCUGGGUGGCGGAGGACGGCAUGAAGAUGCAGGGCUACAACGGCAGCCAGCUGUGGGACACGGCCUUUGCAGUGCAGGCGCUGCAUGCUGCUGGCAUGAUGGAUGAGACUCACCGCGCGCUCAAGCUCGCACACUCGUACCUCGAGCGCUCCCAGGUGCAAGAGGACUGCCCCGGCAAGCUGGCAGCGUGGUACCGCCACAUCUCCAGGGGCGCCUGGCCCUUCUCCACUCGCGACCACGGCUGGCCCAUCAGCGACUGCUCGUCAGAGGGGCUUAAGGCAUCUCUCAUAUUGGAAGCUCUCCCUCCCCACCUGGUGGGCGAGGCCAUUUCCGAGCGCCGCCUAAGUGAUUGUGUGGACGUCAUUCUGUCGUACCAGAACAAGGAUGGCGGCAUGGCCACAUAUGAGAACACCCGCUCGUACCCAUGGCUUGAGAUCCUUAAUCCAUCUGAGACUUUUGGAAACAUCAUUAUCGACUACUCCUACGUGGAGUGCACAUCCGCCUCCAUCCAGGCUCUCACAGCGUUCACGAGAGUGCACCCAGAGUACCGGGCGGAUGACAUAGAGCAGGCCAUCUGGAAGGCGAGGGGGUUUCUGGUGGACAUUCAGAGGGACGACGGGUCGUGGUACGGCAGCUGGGGCGUGUGCUUCACGUACGGCACAUGGUUCGGCAUCUCAGGGCUGAUAGCAGCAGGGGCACACUACGAGUCGUCCAAUGCCGUGAGGAAGGCGGUUCGGUUUCUGCUGGAGAAGCAGCUUCCUGAAGGAGGGUGGGGAGAAAGCUAUCUGUCGAGCCAAGACAAGAAAUACGUCAACCUCCCAGGCGACCGCCCUCACCUGGUGAACACAGCCUGGGCCAUGCUGGCACUGAUGGAAGCAGAGCAGCACCUCCGAGACCCCGCCCCUCUGCACGCGGCGGCACGAGUUUUGAUCAAUGGGCAGAUGGAGAAUGGAGACUUCCCACAGGAGGAGAUCAUUGGAGUGUUCAAUGGCAACUGCAUGAUAAGCUACUCUGCUUAUCGCAACAUCUUCCCCAUAUGGGCGCUUGGAGUGUACCGCAGCAAAGUGCUCAAGCAAGCACUCAUGGCCUAAUUGUGUGGGAAGGGUUGGCUUCCAACCAUCUAACAGUGCCCCAUCGUGUUCCCCAUAGUGUACCGACGCAUAGUGCUCAAGCAAACACUUAGGGCCUGAUAGUGGGGUGAGGGUAUGUGGCUUGGCUUGGCUUCCCCCUUAACAGCAUCUUCCCCAUCUGGGCCGUUGGAGUGUACAGUACCACAGCUGAUUUCUGAAGCACCCAAUCAUGGCCCGAUUGCGGGUUGAAGAUAGCAGUGUGCGGAGAGUGUGGCUCUCCCCUUCCCUCCAUCUUCCCCAUCUGGGCCCUUGGAUUGGAAUGUACCACAUCGAAAGUGCUCAAGUGACCAAUCGUGGUGAGGCAGAGGGAAGGUUCUAUCAGAAAGAGAGAAUGACUAGAAUAAGAAGAUACAGGGCAAUAUAGACUAGUGUGCUGUACCCUCUUAGGCACAAACCUGUAUAGUCUACAGUAACAAUAUAAGUUCUGUUUGACA